ACAUUCCUCUUUGUCAUUGGACACACAAGUCGCAAGACAUUACGGUAGCCACGCCUGCAAAUAGAGGGCAGCAGGGACAGAGCCAACAUGGCGUCGCUGAGGUUGUUUCUCCGCUCCGGGAAGAGCGCAGUGGCGGCGGUCCUGCGGCGGGAGAUCCACGGCUCCUCCCCGGCGGCGCUGCAGGUAACAGUCAGAGAUGCUCUGAACCAGGCAAUGGAUGAGGAGCUGGAGCGGGACGAGCGGGUGUUCCUCCUGGGAGAGGAAGUUGCUCAGUAUGAUGGAGCUUAUAAGGUGAGCAGAGGACUGUGGAAGAAGUAUGGAGAUAAACGCAUCAUCGACACACCAAUCACAGAGAUGGGUUUUGCAGGAAUUGCUGUUGGUGCUGCCAUGGCUGGUCUCAGGCCCAUCUGUGAGUUCAUGACCUUCAACUUCUCCAUGCAAGCCAUUGACCAGGUAAUUAACUCUGCAGCAAAGACGUACUACAUGUCUGCGGGUCUGCAGCCUGUCCCCAUUGUGUUCCGCGGCCCCAAUGGAGCCUCUGCUGGUGUGGCGGCCCAGCACUCCCAGUGCUUCGCUGCCUGGUAUGGACACUGCCCUGGACUUAAGGUUGUGAGCCCCUGGAACUCAGAGGAUGCCAAGGGUCUUCUGAAAGCCGCCAUUCGGGAUGAUAACCCAGUGGUGUUUUUGGAAAAUGAGCUAAUGUAUGGUGUGGCCUGUGAGAUGUCUGAGGAAGCCCAGUCCAAAGACUUCAUUAUACCCAUUGGAAAGGCAAAAGUGGAAAGGCAAGGAGGUCACAUCACGCUCGUGUCUCAUUCCCGAAUGGUAGGGCAUUGUCUGGAUGCAGCUGCUGUCUUGGCUAAAGAGGGUAUUGAAUGUGAGGUUAUAAACCUGCGCACAAUUCGACCACUUGAUGUAGAGACCAUUGAAGCUAGUGUGAUGAAAACCAACCACCUGAUCACUGUUGAGGGAGGCUGGCCUCAGUUCGGUGUUGGAGCUGAGAUUUGUGCCAGAAUUAUGGAGGGUCCAGCAUUCAACUAUCUGGACGCCCCUGCCACCCGAGUUACUGGAGUGGAUAUCCCCAUGCCCUACGCCAAGAUUCUGGAAGACAACAGCACACCACAAAUCAAGGAUAUCAUCUUCUCUGUCAAAAAGACACUGAAUGUGUAAAGUCACAGCUAGUAUAACACUAUUUUUCCACUGUCCCAAUCAGAAAGUAUGGCCCCCCCACGCACAUCGUCAUGCCCCCUCGUCUACCAGGUCUCAACCAGAACGGAGAAAUUAACCCUAGCUCAGAGUCUCACAAUACAAAUGUACAGUGCUCUUUCUGUUACAAGCUGGAUCCAUCAGUGAUGUUGGUGAUGAAUCUGGAUGAAGAAUUCCUGUAUAUUAUGACAAUUGAUUUGUCCAGGAUUUGUCCAUAUUUAUAAUGAAUGAGUGGAUGACGUGUUCUGUAUUAUGUUCUUCUUCUAAAUGCUAAUAUACAACAAAAAAAGUUUUA